AUGCCUCUCUGGGUCUUCUCACACAGCAAAGACGCCUUCUCUCCUGAUGAAAAGGAGGCGCUGGCUCAAGAGAUCACCAAAAUAUACACCAGAAUCGGCCUCCCCGCAUUUUAUGUGAACGUGCAAUUCUUCGAAAUGCCCGCUCACGACCUGUACCUAGGAGGUGCCCGACGCUCCAAGUUCACCACAAUCUCAAUCUACCACGUCGCGAGGCGCUUUGAGAAUGAGCUCAACCAGCAGCGCUUCCUCAAGAAAGUGGACUCGAUUUUGAACCCGAGACUUGGGGGAAAGGGCAUGGAUUGGGAGUAUUUCAUUCAGGAGUCGGACAGAGACUUGUGGAAAAUCAACGGCAUUGUGCCGCCGCCUUCGGGCUCUGAGAUGGAGAGGCUCUGGUUCAGAGAGGACAAGCCUGUCGUCGAGGGGGAUGUGAAAGCAAACCUUUAG